CAUUCCAGGGUAACUAUGCGGUUGUUAACAGCUAUUCCCUAUCGUCUUGUAAGCGCUGUCCAAUGCGGUGCAGCUCAGCGGACUGGGCUUCGAAUGCUGGCUACGGCAACUCAGGCAAGAUCGAGCGGGCCGGUUGACGAACGCGAGAGUAAAGAAAUCUACACUACCAUAGGAAUCGACCCUAAUGAGCCGAAAUUCGACAAGAUUCUCAUUGCCAACCGAGACAGGCACACUUUUGUGUAUACUGCUUACGUGAUCACAGCUGCAGAAUUGUUCCGCAUCACAUCGUGGGGAUUAUUUGUAUUGAUUAUGAAUUUCAUAACAUUGCCGUGCGUAUCAUACAUUGAAACAGUGGUGGUGAGCUUGGAAGGGACUGAAAAAGGUGGGGGAGGAUCCAAGUAG